AUGUACGUCCGCAUUUCGGCCGAUGGCUGCGUCCUCGCCUUUCAGUCCUCCCUGCCCCUCCCAGCAUCAAAACAACCCCAGACGGCCAAUCCCAGCUACGACCGCUGUAUAGUCCUCAUGCACGGCUUCUCCGGCUCCAGCGAAUACUUCACUCGCAACUUCGCCGCCCUCGCGCAGCACCACUGGGUCGUGGCGCCAGACAUGCGCGGCCACGGGCGCUCUGGCCGGCCCACCGGAGGGCACCACGUCGCCCGCCUGGCCGCCGACUUGAAGAGUCUUCUGCGCUUCCUCGUCCAGCAGACUCGUGCCACACGCGUAGCUGCCGGCCAGCAGCCCAGAGGCAUCCAGUUCAUCCCUGUAGGUUGCUCGAUCGGUGCUGCUGUGCUGUGGACGUACGCGGAGCUCUUCGGCCACGGGACACACGAUGCCGAUGCCCUGCCCGGCGGUGGUGGCGACGAUUCCCUGGACCUCACAAGCACCGGCUCCUUUGCGGGAUACAUCUUUGUGGAUCAGGCUCCCUUACAAGACCGCGUCCCAAGUUUCAUGAAUUCCGGCUCCGGCACUGGCGGCGACACGAUCACAUGGGACACGGCCAAAUCCCAUACAGGCUGCUACGACGAGGCCACCAUGCACGCCGCCCAGCGCGCCUGGAUCCACGACACGGCCAACGCGCACAAGGGCUUAGUCGCUGAAUGCCUAGGCUACCGCUUCUCCCCGUCGGCCUCGUCAGCUGUGCGCAUCACGGCAGACCAGGCCCGUGCAGAUGAGGACUUCUUCACGAGAAUCUCCAGCCUCUGUGACCCGGUCUGGCUCGCCCGGCUCCUCGCCGAUCAUACCCGCUACGACCACCGCGAUGCGAUUCGCGAGGUCGUUAGCGAGAAGCCCGUGCUCGUCAUGGCCGGCGGGCUCUCCGGCUGUUUCCCGCGGGAAGGCCUGCUGGAGACCGCCAGGAUCGUGAACGGAGUCGUCGAGGGAGGCGCCGAGGCCAGUGUGUACGAGGAUGCGGGGCAUUGGCUGUUCUACGAGGAUCCAGUGCGGUUCCGGGACGAAGUGGUGCGCUUUAUAGACAAGGUCACGGCUGCAUGA